AUGACAAUCGAAGUAUUAUGAAUCCACAGUGUGUGCAUUUAGUUCUCGACAGAGAUGAAAAGUAGGUAACAUUUUAUACAGGCACUUUUAGAGCACCCUUGCGGACUUCCGUCAACGUGUUUAAAGACCCCAUCAUGUCCAUGCUUGCAGAACCCCGGAGAAAACAGAAGUGGUCUGUUGACCCACGGAACAGCGCGUGGAGUAAAGACGAGUCCAAGUUCGGCCAGAAGAUGCUGGAGCGAAUGGGCUGGUCCAAGGGAAAGGGCCUGGGGAGAACUGAGCAGGGCUCCACAGAGCACAUUAAAGUCAAAGUUAAGAACAACCAGCUGGGGCUGGGAACCACUGCCAGCCACGAGGACAACUGGAUCGCCCAUCAGGAUGACUUUAACCAGCUCCUGGCAGACCUCAACAACUGCCAUGGUCAAAACACUGCCAAUGAAGCCCCAUCGGAGGAGAAACAGCAGGAGAAGUCCUUCAGCCUGGAGGAGAAGUCAAAGACGUCCAGGAAGAGGGUCCACUACAUGAAGUUCACCAAAGGGAAGGACCUGUCCAGCCGCAGCCAGACAGACCUGGCCUGUAUCUUUGGGAAGAGGGGGACGAAGCGCAUAGCCGAGGACCAGGAAGAGGAGAGCAGUGGGCCAGACUCCCAGGGAAUGAACGAGAAGGAGACCAGGGCAGUUACAGCACCAGCUACAAAGGUUACGACCCCUGAACCUGAUGUAGAGGCCAUCACCAAGACAGUCACCAGCAACCUCUCCAUGCAGGAGUACUUUGCCCAGCGGAUGGCUCAGCUGAAAAGGGGUCGUGGCGAGGCUCCCACUGCAACCUCAUCACCAGAGACCAGUGAUACGCAGCAAGUCCCGGCUGAUUUUGUCCCUGACCACACAGAGGAACUCACGUCAAAGAAGAAGAAGAAGAAGAAGAGGAGAAAGAGAGAGAGGGAAGAGGAUGACGUGGUGGUGGUGAAGGAAGAGUGUGUCGUAGAUCCCGUGUCGGAGGGGCGCGAGAAGAAGAGAAAGGGGGAGAGGGAAGAGGAUGACGUGGUGGUGAUGAAGGAAGAGUGUGUCGUAGCUCCCGUGUCAGAGGGGCGCGAGAAGAAGAGAAAGGGGGAGAGGGAAGAGGAUGACGUGGUGGUGGUGAAGCAAGAGUGUGUCGUAGCUCCCGUGUCGGAGGGGCGCGAGAAGAAGAGAAAGGGGGAGAGGGAAGAGGAUGACGUGGUGGUGGUGAAGGAAGAGUGUGUCGUAGCUCCCGUGUCGGAGGGGCGCGAGAAGAAGAGAAAGGGGGAGAGGGAAGAGGAUGACGUGGUGGUGGUGGUGAAGGAAGAGUGUGUCGUAGCUCCCGUGUCGGAGGGGCGCGAGAAGAAGAGACAGAGAAAGCGGGCGGAGAAAGAGGUGUUGGCUGAAGACUGCAGCGCCACCACUGGCGUGGAGCAGAACUACCAGGACCGCCAAAUAGUAGACUUAACAACGGAGUGUGAGGUUGUAAAUAAGAAAUGGGGGGAGGAGGUGGUUGUCGUGGAGGAUGAGGUGAUCGCGGUAAAAGAGAAGAAAUCUAAAAAGGACAAGAAGAAGAAGAAGAAGAGAACAGAUCUACAUUCUUUGUAGAACUAUUAGAACCGUCUUCUCUUGAACGGUCGUCUCAAAUGGCACCCUAAUCCCUUUGUAGUGCACUACUCCCAUAUGGCUCUGAUACAAAGUAGUGCACUAUAUAUUAUUAUAGAGAGAGAAUAGGGUGCCGUUUGGGAUGCACAAUAGUCCUCGGGUUUCUGUGUUACAGUACAGUAGGCCUCUGUUCAUACAUGAAAGAACUGGGUCUAUGCACAGAGUGAUUCUCAUCGGGUAGUUUUGGACUGAAUAUCUGCUGUAAAGAAUCUAGGUGGUCCUACGUUUCUGGAGCCAUUCAGGAUGAGUUUGGUGCUUUCCCAGAGAUACACUUUUAGAAUGAUCAUUGUGACUCUAUGUUCUCUGGAUGCCCCCUGUAGUCUCCCUGUAGUCUCUGCCUUCUGUAGUCUCCCUAAAGUCUCCCUGUAGUCUCUGCCCCCUGUAGUCUCCCUGUAGUCUCCCUGUGGUCUCCCUGUGGUCUCUGCUCCCUGUAGUCUCCCUGUAGUCUCUGCUCCCUGUAGUCUCCCCGUAGUCUCUGCUCCCUGUAGUCUCCCCGUAGUCUCCCCGUAGUCUCCCUGUAGUCUCCCUGUAGUCUCCCCGUAGUCUCUGCUCCCCGUAGUCUCCCUGUAGUCUCCCUAAAGUCUCCCUGUAGUCUCUGCCCCCUGUAGUCUCCCUGUAGUCUCCCUGUGGUCUCUGCUCCCUGUAGUCUCUGCUCCCUGUAGUCUCCCCGUAGUCUCUGCUCCCUGUAGUCUCCCCGUAGUCUCCCUGUAGUCUCCCUGUAGUCUCCCCAUAGUCUCUGCUCCCUGUAGUCUCCCUGUAGUCUCCCUAAAGUCUCCCUGUAGUCUCUGCCCCCUGUAGUCUCCCAGUAGUCUCCCUGUAGUCUCUGCUCCCUGUAGUCUCCCUAAAGUCUCCCUGUAGUCUGUGUAUGAUGAUCUUUGAUGAAUUGGUAUUAGACAGCCAUUCUAAAACAGGAUCGGGGGCGAAUUCUAAAACAGGACAGGGGGCCAUUCUAAAACGGGACAGGGGGCCAUUCUAAAACGGGACAGGGGGCCAUUCUAAAACGGGACAGGGGGCCAUUCUAAAACAGGACAGGGGGCCAUUCUAAAACAGGACAGGGGGCCAUUCUAAAACGGGACAGGGGGCCAUUCUAAAACAGGACAGGGGGCCAUUCUAAAACAGGACAGGGGGCCAUUCUAAAACAGGACAGGGGGUCUUGUAGAAAUGAAUUGAUGUGUGUUUGAUUUCAUAAUAACGUGUUCUCUUUUUAAUCAGAUGAAAUCAAGCUGUCAAUGUUCCCGAUCAAUAAAUCAAACUCAAAUGAAAACUGUUUUUUUUUUAUUUAUUUUUUAUCUGUUGAAGAAUUUCUAGAUUGGCUUUUUGCCAAUCAAUCUGACAUGAAAUACAUCCAGAACCUAGGACAUUAACGUAUGUAUGUAGUGUUUCUACUGAUUUCUCUGAAACUCCAAUCACCUUAUCAAUCCAUGAACUGCCUCGUCUCGUGUUUAUAUUGAUCCGCUACAGUUGUCUUUCAGUUGGCUACUAAAAUAAAUAGUUUAAACACG